AUGGAUGACCUCAUAUAUCACAUCUUUUCCUAUUUCCUACUCCCUGUCAUUCAAUUCCGAUAUUCUCUUGUGUGCAAACAUUGGUAUGAAUUGACCAAUUGUGAAAAGUUUUACAAAAAUUAUCACACCUAUGUGGUGGAUAAGGGUUUACAUGAAUUGAUUCAUCCGAAACAACAUCCUACCGUUCAAGGCAAUGGUGAUCAUAGUCUUGUGGAUUCAGUCAUCAUGAUGGUAAAAAAGUAUUUAUUUGAUUGGACUGAAUUUGUGAGUCAUUUGUAUCCUCGAGAAUAUGAGAUACUUCGAAAGAUGCGUCAUUCUAUUUACACCAUUCAACCUUUGAAGGAAUGCAGUGAUGAUGAAUUUCAACAUUUAUUUUCUCAACUACCUUCCAGAAAAGGUAAUCGUUUGAAGGAUUUUGUGGCCACUCUGAGAGGUGCAACACUCAUCACCAUGGACAAUGGUUCUGGAAAAAGAGUUUCGUUUUUUGCUGACUCUAAGAGCUCUCAUGAGGUGAAUUAUUAUGCAUUCGUGAAUGACAAGUAUGAAAUGCUUGAUCAGGACUCAGAAGAAGCCACACAUUUCAAAACUUGUCUUUUGAGUUAUACUUUCUACGAUUAUGGUUGGGGAGAUUCCGAAGAAUUUCGAACAGCUGAAGGUCAUGAAUGGUUUUGUGAACAAUUUCCAUUCUAUAUUGAAGAAUUGGGAAAUUCUCUCUUCUUGACCUUGAUGGAAUUUUUAUGUCAUAAUUAUGAUGUGAAGAGAAAUCUGAAUUAUGUUUGUGAAAGACAAUAUGAAAUAUCGAAAUAUGCAAUUGGAUAUAAGGAUCAUCCCAUGCUUGAGAAGGCACGUAAAAUUCACUACUUUCUUCAAAACGAAUCACACUUUUUUACCAUGGUGAUGCAUCGACGUCGUUCGAAUCCUCAUUUGUGGUAUCGAUUGUUGUAUUCUGGAUACCAAAUGAAUGCUGAAGCAUUGGGAUCGGUCACCUUUCAAAACAGUACGAUGGAUGUUGCUCACUUACAAUUUUUCUAUGACUAUUGCGAAAUGCAUGAAUGGAAAGAAUGUUUGGCCAUUCCUCUCACUCAGAAAUAUUUCUACUCCAUCUUAAGUAAGGGAAAAGAAAUGCUUCAAGUGGUUCAUCGAAAUGGAGGACUUGAUCAAUAUCCACAAGAAAUUUGUACUCCAUGUGUGUGUAGUGAAAGAACAUUGUAUAUUCCCGAUUAUGAAUUAUUGGAUUAUUAUGUGAAAGAAAUUCGACAGGAUAUGAAUUGUCCUUUUGAUGAUCGAGUGGUGAUUGGGAAUCCUCAUGCCACUCUCGGUAGUACGAAUUCCACUGCCACCACCCUCACGAAUGACUUGAUCAAGUGUGAAAGGACACCACAACGACUGUUGAUUCUAUAUCCAGAAAAGCAUAGCAAACAACAUUUGGAACAUUUCUUGCAUUUGAUGGAACAAGAUAUGAGUUGCUGUCAGCACCUGAACACUUACUCUACUACUGAGCAACGUAUCUAUACGAUUGAAGAACAAAUUCUAACCAAACGUUUCUUUAAAGGCAAGAAAGACAAGAUGAAAUUGAGAAAUCGAAUCAUUCAACAUUUUGAUGUCAUUUUCUAUUUUGUUGGCACUGAGGAAAAAAUUGGAUCGAAAAAUCCUUUCGUUCUUGAAUGGUUUCAUUUCUAG